AUGACUUUCACGGCGAUGAGGAGGAGUGACCAUGGAACCCUUCAAAACAUGCUGGGAACAGAUCUCAACGAACUCGCUACUGCUGCUAAGAACCUUGCAAAUCACACCUUCAUGCUCACUGGUUUAGGCUUUGGUACUUCCAUCCUCGAAUGGAUUGCUUCAGUCGCAGCCAUAUACUUGUUGGUCUUGGAUCGAACUAACUGGAAAACCAAUAUGCUCACGGCUCUUUUGAUUCCUUACAUCUUCUUUAGUCUUCCUUCUGUCAUCUUUAGCCUUUUCAGAGGAGAAGUUGGUAAAUGGAUUGCGAUUGUAGCUGUUGUUGUACAACUCUUCUUCCCUAAACACUUCCGAGAAUGGUUUGAGUUACCGGCGGCUGCGAUUCUACUCAUUGUGGUGGCUCCGAAUCUAAUAGCCUACACAUUUAGAGACAACUGGGUUGGCUUAAUUAUAUGCUUAGGGAUUGGAUGUUACUUGCUUCAAGAACAUAUUAGAGCUUCUGGUGGGUUCAGAAACGCUUUCACUAAAGCUAAUGGCAUCUCCAACACCCUUGGGAUCAUUGCUCUUGUUGUCUUCCCCAUCUGGGCUAUCAUCUUUUAA